CAUGUCAACAUAGACGUUCGUAACGAUGGACAUAGUUUGCGGACAGGACUACGAUGUUUAAUAAUGGAUUUAAUGUUCAAACUUUUUGUUACAGUUCUUAUAUUAUUUAUAACACACAUGUUGAACGGGUUAUACAGCCAAGAAUUAUCUGCACGCUUUAAGAACGCUUCUGAAGCCAUAGAGAGGCUUUUAGAAGGCUACGAUAUACGCCUGCGUCCAGAUUUUGCAGGAGAUCCUCUGUCCAUUGGAAUCGAAGUGAUACUUGCAAGUUUUGAUGCCAUUUCCGAAGUAAACAUGGACUAUACGAUAACAAUGUACCUGAACCAGUACUGGAUGGACCAACGUCUUGCCUUCUCACCCUUAUCGAAUGCAAGCAUGACUCUAUCAGGUGAUUUUGCAGAAAAGAUAUGGGUGCCAGACACGUUCUUUGCCAACGACAAGAAUUCGUUUCUCCACGAUGUAACAGAGAAAAACAAAAUGAUCCGAUUAUUUGGAAACGGUUCCAUCAUAUACGGCAUGCGGCAAUUUGACCGAGACUGA